CAACAUAUACCAACAAACCCACACCAAAAAUGGCACUCAGAACACUCUCGGCCAAAAGCGCCGCCGCGCUCGACCAAGAGCUCAUGUCCACGGGCGCCUUCUCAAUCGACCAACUCAUGGAAUUGGCCGGUCUCAGCGUCUCACAAGCGCUCUUCAAGUUGCAUCCGCUGUCUGCUGGCAAGCGAAUUCUUGUAGCCUGUGGCCCCGGCAAUAACGGCGGCGAUGGCCUCGUCGCCGCGCGGCACUUGUUCCACUACGGAUAUCAGCCCACUAUCUACUACCCGAAGCAGAGCAAGAACGAGCUGUACCAGCGUCUGAAGAAGCAACUCGAAGACCUCAGCAUCCCCUUCACAUCAGACUUUCCAAGCGCCCUGGGCAACACGGACCACAUCAUCGACGCGAUUUUUGGCUUCUCGUUCAAGGGCGAGGUGCGCGAGCCCUUCCCCUCCGUCAUCUCUGCCCUAGCAGCCACCAAGACCCCUGUGCUGGCUGUCGAUGCGCCAUCGUCGUGGGAUAUCGAGGAUGGGCCGCGAGAUGACGGACCAGGGAAGGGGUUCAUGCCACCUGCGCUGAUCAGUCUGACGGCACCUAAGCCGCUGGUUAAGUGGUUUAGAGGUAGGCACUUUUUAGGUGGGCGGUUUUUGGGGCCCGAGGUCGCGGAGAGGUAUGGGCUUGAUGUUCCGGAGUAUGAGGGGUUGGAUCAGGUGGUUGAGGUCCCGAUUGAGAGUGGGAAACUGUGAGCGUGAGGAGUGCUGUGAUUGAUGGAAUCUAUGGGGAGUUUUGGAGCGCGAUGUAUGUACUUCGCUGCGAGCUCAGUGUAGUCCGUCGGGAAGAGCAAUGGCCUUUGCCCACAUCUGAAGAUAUAAGGGGACGAACCAAACUGGAGAUAUUUGAUGAUCUGCUACUCGCUAGGCAGAUUAUCUGGAUCUGUGCUAGAUCAAAACCCGAUGCAAAGGCUCUUGUCCUGAAACAGCCUCAUACAUUACGAUAUACGAACGGGUAGCAUUGAGAACAUCUGCGCGUGUCUAUCAUACGAAUUGAUAGUCGCCAGAGCUGUAGGUCUUGGAUGGGAUUUCAAAGUAUCUUGACCGCGAGCACUCAUUGAAACGUCUUCUGCAG